GAUUACCCUCCGAAACCAUUUGAAAAGCCCGAGACAACUCUUUUCUUCUCUGCUCACUCUCACCUAUGAGCUUAAGGAAAUUAAAAGAAAAAGGUGAAAUCAUACAUAAUUCUUGACCUGCUUAAAUCAAAAUCAAACCUGUUGCAGCAGCUUCAAGCUUCUUCUUUUUCCCCUCUUCUUCAGCUCUAUUUGGAUUGUGACUCUACUAAUUUUCGAUUUUGAAUCUUGGUUUCUCCGUAACAUAUCUGAAAGAGGGGUUUCUGGGUUUUAGCUUCUUUUUUUUCCCCUGAAAAGCUUGGAUCUUUAACAGCUGGUCGUCUCUGCAUGGUUCAAUCUCAAUCUGGGUCUUCUUCCUUUUUUUUUUUCUUUUUUAAAAAAUGGGUAUAAUUGUUUUUUUUUGUUUUUGUAUAAUUAGUUUUUAAAAAUGGGUACUUUUUGUCAGAUUCCCAUAGAAGAAAUCUAAAGGGGUGUUUUUUCCCCUUGUUUACUGUCUCUAUUUUGCUUCCGAUGUGUUCAAUACAACACUGUCUUCUCUUUGCCGCUCCUUUAGAUCUGUUUCCAGUUUCUGCUUGAUGAUCCAUCUCCUUCUUCAACAGGUCAGAUCACUGUUUCUGUUUCCAUUUCAAGACCUCAGAAUCCAAAGCUUUUGUGGGCAUUCAGCUGAUUUUUAAAAAAAUCCGAAUUUGAUACUAUCAGGUGCUUGUUUGCGUUUUAAUGUUCAGAGAUUGAGCUUCAGAUGAUGCUUGGAUUCUGCAUAACGCGUCGAAUCUUUGUAGGCUUUAUAAGAAUUUCGCCUCUUGUUAAGUGUUGUGGUGCUGGAAAUUGCGGAAACUCUUUAGAGGUUUAUGAUGAGAUUGUGCCUCCAAGGUGUUUGUAGUAUUGCCUGAGUGAUGGGAAACGGGACUUCCCGUGUUGUUGGUUGUUUCGUGCCGUCUAAUGACAAAAACGGUGUUGAUUUGGAGUUUCUGGAACCUUUAGAUGAAGGUUUAGGCCAUUCCUUUUGCUACGUUAGGCCAAGCAUCUUUGAGUCUCCUGAUAUUACUCCGUCUAACUCGGAGAGGUUCACCAUUGAUUCAAGCACUAUUGAUUCUGAGACACUCACUGGGUCUUUUCGAAACGAUAUCGUUGAUGAUCCUUCUUUCUUGAAUAGACACAACAGUAAAGGUUUGGCGGAAACUACGUUUAAGGCAAUCUCAGGUGCUUCGGUUAGUGCCAAUGUUUCCACGGCUAGGACUGGGAAUCAAAUGGCAUUGUGUUCAAGUGACGUUUUGGAGCCUGCUGCUUCAUUUGAGAGCACUUCCUCGUUUGCUUCUAUUCCUUUGCAGCCGCUCCCUCGUGGUGGUUCGGGACCCUUAAACGGAUUCAUGUCCGGGCCUCUAGAGAGAGGUUUUGCAUCUGGUCCUUUGGAUAGAAACAACGGUUUCAUGUCUGGGCCUAUUGAAAAAGGAGUAAUGUCUGGACCCCUUGAUGUAUCUGAUAGAUCUAAUUUCUCUGCGCCUCUUUCUUUUAGACGUAAAAAGCCUCGGUUUCAGCGUUUUAUGAGGAGUGUGAGCGGACCAAUGAAAAGUACAUUAGCAAGGACAUUUUCUAGACGAUCUGGAGGGUUAAGUUGGAUGCAUCGCUUCUUCUUGCAUCCAGAGACUAGGGUUUCCUGGGCUGUUGGAAAGGACGGUAAGCUACAUGGUGAAGACCCUGAAAGUUGUCUAGAGAGCAACCGUAACUUGCAAUGGGCUCAUGGGAAAGCUGGAGAAGAUAGGGUUCACGUUGUGCUUUCGGAGGAACAAGGAUGGCUCUUUAUCGGGAUAUAUGAUGGGUUUAGUGGACCGGAUGCUCCAGAUUUCGUAAUGAGUCAUCUUUAUAAAGCUAUUGACAAGGAAUUGGAAGGUCUUCUUUGGGAUUAUGAAGAGCCAUCUGAAGAUAAUCAAUUGCAGCCUGACCAGGAACCUCCUACAGAAGAGAACAUGUGUGAUCCAGAAUCUAUCAGUGAGCAGCAUUCAAAGUCAGUAGUGGCAGAAAGUGAGGAGGUUAUGAUUGAUGAUAUCAGUAGCCUUGGAAAUACCGAUACUCAGAUUGCUGAUGGUCCACCUGGAGACUCAGCUGGUCCUGGCAAGAAAAGCAUGAGACUUUACGAGCUACUUCAAUUGGAACAGUGGGAAGGAGAAGAAAUCGGGCUUAAACGAUAUGGAGGGAAUGUCGCUCUAAACAAUAUGACCAAUCAGGUUGAAAAUCCAUCUACUUCAGGUGGAGGAGCUGGAAAUGAUCCUUGUACCACCGACCGUAGUGCUCUUGAUGGGAUUCCGAACUCGGGACAAAGGCAUGGGACUAAAAAAUCACAGAUAAGCUCUAAGAUAAGAAGAAUGUAUCAAAAACAGAAGUCUUUGCGGAAAAAACUGUUUCCAUGGAGUUAUGAUUGGCACAGGGAAGAAGGGAUUUGCGUUGAAGAGAAGAUAGUGGAGUCAUCGGGACCGAUUAGGAGACGCUGGUCAGGGACUGUGGACCAUGAUGCUGUUCUAAGAGCAAUGGCUAGAGCACUAGAGAGUACUGAAGAGGCGUACAUGGAUAUGGUAGAGAAGUCUCUUGACAUAAACCCAGAGCUCGCGCUAAUGGGUUCAUGUGUUCUUGUAAUGCUAAUGAAAGAUCAAGAUGUUUACGUGAUGAACGUUGGGGAUAGUCGGGCUAUCUUAGCCCAAGAAAGGCUCCAUGAUCGUCACUCUAAUCCUGGUUUUGGGAAUGAUGAGGGUAUCGGGCAUAAGAGUAGGUCUCGAGAAUCACUUGUGCGUAUUGAACUGGAUAGAAUAUCAGAGGAAUCUCCAAUACACAAUCAAGCAACUCCAAUCAGUGUGUCAAACAAAAACAGAGAUGUGACCUCUUACCGGUUAAAGAUGAGAGCAGUUCAACUAUCAAGUGACCAUAGCACAAGUGUGGAAGAGGAAAUUUGGCGGAUUAGAUCUGAACAUCCGGAAGAUGACCAGUCGAUACUUAAAGAUAGAGUCAAAGGCCAACUAAAAGUCACUCGAGCUUUCGGUGCUGGAUUUCUCAAAAAGCCAAAUUUCAAUGAAGCUUUGCUUGAGAUGUUCCAAGUAGAGUACAUUGGAACAGACCCGUACAUCACAUGCGAACCGUGUACCGUCCAUCACAGACUGACUUCAAGCGAUCGUUUCAUGGUUUUAUCCUCGGAUGGAUUGUAUGAAUACUUCAGCAACGAAGAGGUUGUUGCUCACGUGACUUGGUUCAUCGAAAACGUUCCUGAAGGCGAUCCUGCUCAAUACCUCAUUGCAGAGCUUCUCUCUCGUGCUGCCACCAAGAACGGAAUGGAGUUUCAUGAUCUGUUGGAUAUUCCUCAAGGAGAUAGAAGGAAGUACCAUGAUGAUGUCUCUGUCAUGGUUGUGUCACUUGAAGGAAGGAUUUGGCGCUCGUCUGGACAAUAUUAUCCAGAGAGAAAACAAAAAUUCAAUAGAUAAAUUAACCAAACACAAAAAAAAAAAAAUUAGGUUUUGGCUUAUUGUUUUCAAACAAUCUUUCAAUUUCCCGGAAGUUCAAAAAAAGAAGGCCUAAUUCUGUUUUUCCUUCUUCCCAAUCCAAAAUUGAUCAAAAUAGCUAUUUAUGAAAAUGUUAGUUACAACUAGAAUCAGAAUCCUCUGAAUGAGCUAGAAGGUCUUCUCACCUGAAAAAGUCAACGCGUG